UUAGUUGAGGGUUUUAAUUAAGAUUAGGGACUGUAGAUUUGAGUUAGGGAGGAGUAGGAAGUUCUCUAAAAAGAAACCCCUGUGAAGGGAUUAUUAGAUCUGGUGGGUAUAGAUAGAGUAACAUUAGUUUAGAUAUCCCAAAUCCUCUUUCCACCUUUCCUUAUUUAUUAAAUCCAAAACUAUACUGUGAUAACAUAUAGUUCUGUGUUUAUUAGCUCAAGGUCUGGCUCUGCCUGCCCUGGGCUUGGCUACCCAUCCCAAACCAGAUUACUGGCCUUAAUUACCAUCCUUUGAACCUAUCAGUUAUCCCAAAUAAUUAUAUCAGUUUCAAAAUAGUUAUAUCACAUCUUAGAAUCAGUACUAUGUAUUGGUUCCAAGGCAGAAGAGUGGUAAGGACUAGGCAAUGAAGGAUUACAUGAUUUGCCCAGGGUCAUACAGAUUGGAAGUAUCUGAGGUCAAAUCUGAACCCAUGACCUCCCCUCUCUGGGUCUGGCUCUCAAUCCACUGAGUCACCUAGCUGUCCCCUUGCCAUUCUUCUGUAUUAGAAUUGAUGCUAACACAGAGGGUAAGGGUUUAAAAAAAAAUAAGUUAGCUAAGUACUAGAGGAAAAAAGAAUAUUUCAAUACAAGGCACUGCAUAGUAAUUACCAAAUGAGGAUUGCAAAUGGAAAGAGAGGAUUAAGAGAUGACAGUAGGGAAGGAUUUUGUGAAGAAGGUAGAAUUUGAGUUGGGUCUUUAAAGGGGUGAGCUGGAAAGGAUUACAAGUGAGUGUAGGGACUAGGAAUGGCAAAGUUAUUAAUUUCUUUCCCUCGUAUAAUACAGAGUAAUUUUCUGUUAUAACCUGAGAGGCACCCUUGGAAGAUGUCUUGUUCCAGUUCAUUGACACCUAACUGGCUAUGUGAAACUGUACUAGUCAUCUAUGGGCUCCUGCUUCUGGCAACUAGCUUAAAUUGCUGAACAAUGACAGAUUUACAUUAAUAAAGAAAGGGAGUUUCCUCCUAGGGUGUUCUCUAUACCAAUGAAAGCUCGAUUCCCAGCCAAAGAAAACCAAACCACAGAAUCCUCCCAUUUGGAAAGAUUUGAGGCUAUGGAGUCUAAUCUGUCCCAGAACAAGAAUGCCCUUUUCAAAAUUAGAGAUUUUAAAUAGAUCAUCUUAUUUGAUCAUCAUGAUAACUGUAAAAGCAGGCAAAGUAGCUAUUUUUGUCCUUUAACACAUGAAGAAUUGAGUUUGUAGCUUUAAUAAUCCAAUAAUCCACAGUAUUGGAUUUGAAACUAGAACUCCAAGUCUCUGGAUUCCUAGUGCAUUAUGAUUUUCAUUUUGCCACAGUCCCUUUCCCAGUUAUUAGAUCUAGAAUAAAUAAUAGCUGGCAUUCAUAUACUGCCUUAAAUUUUGCAAGUUACUUUUUACAGGAUCUCAUUUGAACCAUACUUUUCCUCUAUGAAAUAAGUAUUAUAAUUACAUCCCCAUUUUCGAAACUAAAGCUUUAACAGGUUUUUGAGAUCAGAUUUGAAAUCUGAGGGAUUUAAACUCAAAUCUUCCUAACCUCCUUGCUUGCUUUACAUUCCCUUGUUAGUUACUCUAUUAAUUUGAUCUUAACUUUCUAAUUUUCAUGUAUAGUUUCCAGAAUUCAGAGUUUGGGUUUCAUUUGAUAUGUAUUUAAAAAAAAAGAGUAUAAAGGUUAAAUUCUAGGAUAGUGCUUCAGUGGGGGUAAAAUUUUAUGUAUUUUAUUCAGAAAUCUUUAGAUUUAAAUAUGUGUGUUCUUUGGGAGGCUAUGUUUAAGCAGGCUAAUAUAUUGAUGAGAGGUGAUACCCAAUGGCUUUUAUGACUCGAGUAUUAAGAGCCUACUAUGUACCAAGUACUGAGAUUUAGAUGUCUGCGGUUAUAGUUAAUUAAUUACUUGGACUAAUUAGAGAUUCUUGGUGAGUAGGAACAGAGAAAGACGAGUGAAGGGUUACUUUAAGAAGCCAGCUAGAAUCUUCAUGGAGGUUCCUUAAAGGAAUUCCCAGGAACUCUAGGAGAGUCUGUUGGAAAAUAACGGACACACUCUUGGAGAUUGGUUACUCUGAGGUUGGAUCUUUUCUCUGGAAAAGCUGGUGACAAUUGGUUAUUGUAAACCUUAAAAUUUCCCAGACCCUACUUUAUAAGAUUGGAUUAAGUCCAUUCCCCAUUUGGGCAGUAAACUCUACUUAAAGCAGGAAUGUGAGAAUUCUACUUUACCUACUUGGGUCUGCCCUAGGGGAAGAUAAAGUUGUAAACUCUUUUCUGAACAAUGAAAAGUACUUAAACCCAUACUUUUCUUAAGCUAAGUACCUAUAAAGGUCAAGCAACUUGUGAAUUUACAAGGAACAAAGAACUGGAAAACUUACUCAGAGCUUUCCUGGUGUGAAUUACUCAAAAAUCCACACCUUCUUAGGUGUGGACUAAGAAUGGGCGGUCCUUUAGAAACAUCUACAGUGAUUGGUAGAUGUAAGGACUUAGGGGAGGUGACAGAGGAGAUUUUGCCCUUAAAAAUAAGAGCUCAGGGAAGAGCUGGAAGUCAUUCUGAAACAUUCAGAUUGGAGAGACUCAUUCUGAGGAGACUGAUUCUGAAACAUUCAGAUGGAGGAGGGAGCUGGUGAAAGCAGCUGAGAUGCUGCUGGCCUGGUGUCAUUAGAAAUCCUUACUUAGAUCUUGUGUUCUUUGUCUGGCUGCGCUCUUUGUAGGAGCAAAAAAAUUGGAAAAUGAGGGGAUGCCCUUCAAUUGGGAAAUGGCUGAACAAAUUGUGGUAUCUGUUGGUGAUGGAAUACUAUUGUGCUAAAAGGAAUAAUGAACUGGAGGAAUUCCAUGUGAAAAAGUCUGCUCCAGCACAGCCACCCACACCAGGGGCCCCAGAAGGGGGUGCUCCAGGUGGGGGGCCAUCUCCCAACACAACUAGUAACAGACGGCUGCAGCAAACGCAAGCACAAGUGGAAGAGGUGGUGGAUAUCAUGCGUGUGAAUGUGGACAAGGUCCUGGAAAGGGAUCAGAAGCUGUCUGAAUUGGAUGACCGUGCAGACGCCUUGCAGGCAGGAGCAUCACAAUUUGAGAGCAGUGCUGCCAAGCUAAAGAGGAAGUACUGGUGGAAAAAUUGUAAGAUGAUGAUCAUGAUGGGAGCCAUUUGUGCCAUCAUCGUGGUAAUUAUUGUAACAGCAGCAGCAACAGCUGGGACUAGACCUAGAGGCUUGCCACAAUCGUGGAUGAGUGUUCUCUGGCUAUGAGAUCUAGAAGUGUGUACCUGGAAGAAGGAGGUGAGAUAAAGGCAGAGUAGCCCAAGGGGAAAAAAAAGAGAAAGAAAGGAAGAAAGAAAGGCAGGAAGAAAGGAAGGAAAGAAGGAAGGAAGAAAAAGAAAGGAAGGAAAAGAAAGAAAGAAAAGAAAGAAGGAAGAAAAGGGGAUCAUUGAAACAUUUUUUUAAAUGGAGAAAAGGGAACAGAAGGAAGAUCAAAAAGAAGCACAGACAAAUAGGACAGUUUUGAAAGCUACAAGUUGAAUUUAUAUACUUUUUACAAAGUGCAAAAUGUCCACAAUAGAGAUCUGUAGUUUCACAUAUAAUCCUCUUUUUUUUUUCCUGUUCUACCAAUAUAGGGGAAUGCCUCAUUUUUGUGAGGGUUUUAAAGUUCAGAAUAAAAAUAAGUUAAAGGAAAAAACCCUGAAAGAUUUAGGAAAAAAUGGAUGCAUUUUGUUGCAAAGAAUAUUGGCCUCAAAUAUAGAAGUGUUGUCACAGAACACCAGCCAAUAAAUGCUUUACCAUAUAGAUCCAGGACUGGCUCUGUUUCUGAUGGAAUUCCUCUGUCAGAUGCACAGAAAGGUGGGAAUAUUGCCUUUUGCAUCUGUUCACUGCCUAAGUCCUCAGUAAUCAUUAUAUUCCUCUCUGAGCUCUGCCAUGAUGGUUAUUGCUAGAGGAGGGGAACCUUAUGAACUUUCUUGAUCACACAAACCACAUAUUUCACUCAACAUUGCACAUGAAGUAACAGAAUUUGAACCCCGAGUAUCUUAUUCCUAGUCCCAUUCCCCAUCUUUUUUCAGACCUGUGUUUUUAGCUUUGUCUCUAGUCUUCAUUUUGCAGAUUUUUGUCAAGAGGAGGAGAAGUACAUGGCAAUAAAAAUGACUUUUCUCUCAGUUCUCAAGGGAUCAUGUUGCCUUUUGGGUACUAGGUAAGUACUUCAAGAUCUAGGUAUGACUGGGUGGAUGGUUUCAUAUCCCAAAUCUAGGCACAAGUAAAAAAACAGAGGUGUAAGAUAUUGCCUCUUUCAUAUACGGACAUUUUAGAUGCUGAAAGGGUCAGAAAAAUAGCAUUUGUCUAAGGAAAACUGAUAGGAAUCAUCUUGAGAAGAAACACUCCCUUUUAGAUAAAAUGUUAAAGAGACACAGACUGUUCUGAGGACCUAAGGAGGAGCAGCUGAUAAAAAAAAAUGAACUGAGAGGACCUGUUUGAAAUCAGAACACUACCUGAGAUAAUGAUGGCUGCAGGACAUUGUGGUCCAUCAGUUCGUUUACAUGUGACUUUUCAGAAUGUUGAUGGAUGUAACUGAUAAAUUAUAAAUAAAACAACAUCUCAUUUGGAGACUGAGGGAAUAGUAUAUAAAAACUUUUGGGAACACUAAGAGAAGGGAAUAAAAAUUUAUUAAGCGCUUACUAUUUCCAGACACUGUGCUAAGUACCUAUUACAAAUAUUCUCUCUUUUGAUGUCCACAGCUGCUCUGUGAGACAGGUGCUAUUUUCUCCACUUUAUAGUUAAGGAAACCGAGGUAGGCAAAGGUUAAGUGACAAUCCUAUAACUAGUGUCUUGGACUAGAAUUGAACUUUUAGGUUUUCUUGACUCCAGACCUAGUACUGUGUCUGCUGUACCAUCUAGUACAUCUUAAGGGAAUUGCUUGCCACUGAAAAGAUGAAACACUUUCUCAGCACCCUGCCAAAGGUACCUCCUAUAUACGAAAAACAGUUUGCCACUGUUUCAACAGUGUGAGACUAGCAGAUAAGUAGUUUUAUAUAGACCGCAAACUCCUUGAAGGUAGGGACUGUGUCUUUUUUCCCCUUAAAACCUUUACCUUCCAUCUUGGAAUCAAUACUAAGUAUUAGUUCCAUAGCAGAAGAGUAAUAAGAACUUGCCACUGGAUUUCAAUGACUCUGGGAGAGAACUAGGCUGAUGACUUUGUGCAAUUCUGCCUCCUUUAAAUCCAACUUAUUCACAAAUCAAGGCAUGAAUUACCCUGAUGCUGUCAUUGGUCCUCUUUGAAAAUGAAGGAUGAAGAGGGCAGCUAGGUAGCUCAAUGGAUCGAGGGUCAGGCCUAGAGAUGGGAAGUCCUGUGAUUAAAUGUGGCCUUAGAUAUUUCUUAAUGGUGUGACCCUAGGCAAGUCACUUAACUUAGCCCUCAUUGCUCUUCUGCUUUGGAACCAAUACAUCGUAUUGAUUUUAAUAUGGAAGGUAAGCGUUUAAAAAAAAAGAAAAGAAAGGGCAAACAAUAACAACAUACAAUUAACUAUAUAAUCACAGCAUACUAAAGUCCCUGAAUCUAUAAAUACCUUGGGAAAUGACCUGAGAGAAAGUGGAAUGUACCACCAGGCUAGUGGUAUUCAGCAGAUUUUGUAUUUUGCUAUUUUGAGUAAUAUUCCAUUUCUUUCUCAGAUUAAAUUGGAUCCUGGCCAGUGAGAUCAGGCAAAGCUAUUUUAGGACAGUUGCUGCCAUGUGGGCUUAGCAGUGGGUGGGAAGAGAGCAGCCUAGGCAUUUGCAGGCUGAGUACUCUUGAGGUGACAUAAGUCUUUUAGAAAUGGGCUACCCUCAAAUAUAAAGUACAGCAGACCAUAAAUCUGAAAUACCUACUAACUGAAAUGGCCUUUAACAUUGGGACCAAAUUAAAAUGUAAAUGGGGACUAUUUAACAAAAUAAGUAAAAAUACAGUAAGAUGUGGGCAAUAUUUUUGAUAUAUGAAUUUCUAUUUUGACAUAUGCUGGCAGGGAUCCUUAUGUUUGGAGGCUCUAGUUUCUUCCUGGGUUAGUCACUGCUGUGCCAGAAAAAGAAUUGACAUUAAAGCUCAUUAGUGGUUCGAGGAUGGUGCCACCUGGUGGGAAGUCCAGGUUUUAUACUCAACGAGUUAAACUCCCUCGCUGGAUAAUUAACAUUGUGACACAUUUUGAUUCUUCUAUAAGUUUAAGAAAGACUGCUUGCAAGCCACACAACCAAAGAGCCACACAUUUCCACAAAACAGAAAACGAAAGUCAUUCAGUGGGCACUGGAGAGAUAUGUGGUGAGUGUGAGAAGGCUAUGGCACCUAAUAAACAACAAGUUACAAACAAACUCUGAGAAAAAGAUCAUGGGGGAAAAGAGGGUCAGAGUGAAGACUAACUGUUGGACAGUUUGUGUAAUCCAUUUGUAUUCUCGUGAUGACCUGAGCUAGCAAGGAAGGGGCCUAGCAUUGGACUCUCUAGGUCAUCCCAAUGGGGAACAUGGAUGAGAAUCAAACAGGGCAAGAAUGUGUUUGUAACAUGGGUAUCACUAGAGGGAAAAACAAACGUAACAAUUACAACCUUGGAUGUUAACUGAAUUACGGGGUUACUUUGUACAACUAGGCAAGUUAAAAUUGUUUUUUUUUAAUAACUAAAAGUUAAUAAACCUUAAGAUACAUUUUAAAAAAAUAAAGAAAGACUAUGUUCCAUUUUAAUCUGAGGAAGAAAUGGAAUAUUACUCACAAUAGUAAAAUAAAAUCUGCUGUCUCUAAGUAGCUUGGUAUACAUUCCACUCUCUGUCACAUCAUUUCCCAAUGUAUUUGUGGAUUCGGGGACUUUAAUAUGCUAUGGCUAUAUAGUUGAUUGCAUGUUGUUAUAAAGAAAUAAUAACCUUUCAAAUAAAGAAUAGCAUCACCAGAUUUCAAACUAUGUUAUAAGGCCAUAAGAAAAACGAUUUGAUUUUGGUCAAAACAUUGAAACAGAUCAGCAGAACAGAAUAGAUGAGCAAAAAUCCAGAGGCAAUGAAAUAUUAUAACCUGGUGUUUGAUAAAAACUAAGGCACACAAACCAUGGGACUGAGAUAGAAUUCCCUAUUCAAAACCAACUGCUGGGAAAACUGGAAAGCAGUUUGGGUCCAAAGUACAUAAGUGAUCUUAACAUAAAAGACUAUUUUCUUAAAGUCAGAGAAAAACAGAGGGAGGUAUUUGGAUUUACACUUAGAGAAAGAUUUAUAACCAAAAGAUAGAGGAGAUUACUGAGGACAAAAGGGAUAGUUUUUAUUAUAUGAAACUAAAACGGUUUAUUAUGAAAAAAGCCCAUGUCAUUGGAAUUAGGUAAACUGCUGAAUGUGGGAAAAGUCUUCCCUACAGCUUUUUCUGAUAAAAGAUUUGCUAUCCAAGAUAUAUAGGGAAUUGAUAUAAAGACACACAAGACCAAAAGAUACUCUCCAGUAGAGGAGUCAAAGGACAUGAACAGUUAUUUUUUUAUUUUAAUUUUUAAAAAUUUUAUUAUAUAUUAUAAUAUUUUAUUAUUUUUUUGGUUACAAUAAUCACUUUAUUGCCCUCCCUCCCCUCCACCCACCCUUUCCGUAGCCGACACACAAUUUCAUUGGAUAUUACUUGUGUCCUUGAUCAGAAUCUAUUUCCAUGUUGUUAAUGUUUGCACUAGGAUGUUCAUUUAAGAGUCUACAUCCCCAACCAUAUCCCUUCAACCCAUGUAUUCAAGCAGUUGUUUUUCUUCGGUGUUUCUACUCCCACAGUUUUCCUCUGAUGUGGAUAGUGUUCUUUCUCAUAGAUCCCUUCAAGUUGUUUAGGAUCACUGCAUUGCCACUAAUGGAGAAGUCCAUUACAUUCGAUUGUACCACAGUGUAUCAGUCUCUGUGUACAAUGUUUUCCUAGUUCUGUGCCUCUCAUUCUGCAUCAAUUCCUUGAGGUUGUUCCAGUCUCCAUGGAACUGCUCCACUUUAUUAUUCCUUUGAGCACAAUAGUAUUCCAUCACCAACAUAUACCAUAAUUUGUUCAGCCAUUCUCCAAUUGAAGGGCAUCCCCUCAUUUUCCAAUUUUUUGCCAGCAAAAAGAGCGCAGCUAUGAAUAUUCUUGUACAAGUCUUUUUCCUUAUUAUCUCUUUGGAGUACAAACCCAGCAGUGCUGUGGUUGGAUCAAAGGGCAGACAGUCUUUUAGCACUCUUUGGGCAUAGUUCCAAAUUGCCCUCCAGAAUGGUUGGACCAAUUCACAUCUCCACCAACAAUAUAUUAAUAUUCUGUCUUUGCCACACCCCCUCCAGCAUUCAUUACUUUCCUUUGCUGUCAUGUUAGCCAAUCUGCUGGGUGUGAGGUGAUACCUCAGAGUUGCUUUGAUUUCCAUCUCUCUGAUUAUAAGAGAUUUAGAACACUUUUUCAUGUGUUUAUUAAUAGUUUUGAUUUCUUUAACUGAAAAUUGCCUAUUCAUGUCCCUUGCCCAUUUAUCAAUUGGAGAAUGGCUUGAUUUUUUUGUACAACUGGUUUAGCUCUUUAUAAAUUUGAGUAAUUAGGCCUUUGUCAGAGGUUUUUGUAAUGAAGAUUGUUUCCCAGUUUGUUGCUUCCCUUCUAAUUUUGGAUGCAUUAGUUUUGCUUGUACAAAACCUUUUUAAUUUGAUGUAAUCAAAAUUAUUGAUCUUAUAUUUUGUGAUUUUUUCUAGCUCUUGCUUGGUUUUAAAGACUUUAAAACCAUAAACAGUUUUUGGAAAGAGAAAUGGAAAUGAUGGACAACCAUAUACAAAUGCUGCAAAUCGCUAAUGUAGUCUCUAUAUCUCUGUGGGGAACUAUGGAAGGGGCCCAUGAAGUUUUCAUGAAAGGAAAUAAUCUGUGAGAUAUGGGGAAACUGUACAGUCCUGAGUUUGAUUAAGAUUGGAAGAAAGCUCAUGUGAUUAGAAUGAGGGGAACAUGAGAUUGGAAUGUCAGUAUCUGGGAUUUACUGCCUUUUCUUUCUGCCUCUGGUGGCCUUAGAGAUGUGGAAUCACUGCCCCAGGGGAAAUUAUGGCAAAUCCAUUUGCCAGGGUGAUUGCUGAUCUUUGUGCAAGAGAGCAGCUUCUGUUUUUUUAGAGAAAAACUUUUAGGUUGCCAAGCUAGAAGUGAAGGCGGGGGAGUAGGGAAUGACUGCCAGCCAACUGAGCCUGCCAGAGACUGGUUUGUAGAGGUGGUCCAGAUCUUGAGGAGAUAGCAGAUGACACAUUAACCAGGGACAGUUUAGAGAAAGCCAUCUAGCAGUCUCAGUAAUCAUAGCAUUUUUUUUAUAGCUGAAAAUGUUGUUAUAUCUCCAGACUAUAACAUAAAAUGAAUUGCCCAAUAAUGAUUCUCUCUUUUUUUAUUAAUUGUGUGGGUUUAAUUUUACCUCUAAUUGUUGGAUUAAUACUAUAAACUAUCAGAAUGUAAACCUUAUCAAGUGAUGAUCCAGAUAUACUCCUGGGCAUGGUCUUAUAAAUCCUGCAUUACUUGUUUCUGAGGGAGAGGCUCUAGGAAUUGUCAUAGGAGAUACAUCUUACUUUUUUUUUAUCUCAACCUUGGGACUGCACUACAUAUGUGGAAAUAAUGCUUAUAAAGCCCUUCUACCAGGUUGUAAUAGACAAUGGAUUAUAGAACAUAUUCUUAUUCUUCUUCAAGCCCAAAAGCAAUUGUUUUUUCUUACAAGACAGGAAAAACUGUUAAUAAACCUCUUGUACAGUAUUGCGGUACUUUCCACCAAGUGAUGAGAGCUCUGAUUUCCUUUUUAGGUGUCAGUGAGUUGGAACAAGCUAUUGUUAAUAUUUCUACAGAAAUAGAAAAAAAAAAUUAUUACCUUCUUGGAAGUCAUCCAAAUAGGGGCAGCUGGGUGGCAUGGUAGAUACAGAGCCAGGCUUAGAGAAAGGAAGUCCUGGGUUCAAAUGUGUCCUCAGAUACUUCCUAGCUAUGUGACCUUGGGCAAGUCACUUAACCUUGAUUGCCUUCCCCUUUUACCACUCUUCUGUCUUGGAACUGAUACUUGUAUGGAUUCUAAGACAGAAGAAGAGUUUAAAGAAAGCAAGAAAGCAAGCAAGCAAGAAAAUCACCCAAAGCUUCCAAGGGGAAUUAAUCUUUUUAGCAGUGGUGGUACUCCAGAACUGAAGGGCUAUAGGUAGCCUCACAGCCCACAAAGGACGUACUUAUUUCCUUUUUGGAGAUUAGUGUUACUUUAGGAGAAAUAUUUUUGAAAGCCUUGUGAGAGAUAUAUUUGAGGAUGGCCCUACUUGUGGUCUAGAGAAACUCUUUAGUGGACUUGACCCUUUGUAAUUACAAUUGUUAUUCUCUGCAUCAAUGGAAAGUGUUUUAUUAAAAUUUAUAUCAUUUCCACUCAAAAAUUAUAUCUAGUUCUUUUCAAAGGUAUGUUACAGCCAUGCCCUGAAUAAAGGAAAAAGAUUAUUCUUUAAUUUUAGGCCUAGAUUAAAUAUCCCAAAGAUAAAAUAGCUUUAUUGAUGGAGAGAGGAUUGUUAAAAGUGGAUUUUUAGAACAGAACCAUUUUGUCCUGUAUUUGUUAUUAUAUUUCUUUUACUUCUGCUUGAUAUGCCUUUGGCUCACAUAGAAUGUCUCCCUUCCUCCUAACUGAUACGCAAUUACUAAAGAAAAUUCAAAGGACUUUGAAUAAUUCCAGGAACCUGUCCUCUUUCCUUUAUAUUAUCGAAUAAAACUUUGUAGAGAGGCAUCACAAAUGUGGAUUAAUUGACAAAGAAGAUACUAUUCCCUUUGGCUUAAUGUGGAUGGCUACACUAAAGAUGGCUACACUUUCUUUUGUAAUAAUUUAAGCAUCAUUUUUUUGCAAAAAAAAAAAAAGUACCUUUUCUAUAUCUUUUGCAGCCCAAGUUCCCUACCUGAUCUCCCCCCAAACUGAGAAGACAUCCUCAUAUCUUAUCCAAACUCUCUGAGUCCCAUAUCUCAGGAAGAGAGACUAUAUUCUACGGAAUUGUGAGACAAACAGGUCUAUCACAUACUGAUGAUGUUUGUUACAUUCCUGAGUGGACAAAUAGACUUAAGCAUUCCUGUUUGUUUGUGUCCUGUGUAGUGUCUAGCAAGGACCCUGAAAAAUCUUACAACAGAGCAGAAGGAGAAUCUGAAUGCAAGGCUCCCAAGUCCUGAAAAUGUUUGCUAUUAAAAAUGCUGGCAGCUGGUCAAAGAGCUCCAGAGGACUGUUUUUUCCCAAUAGAUCCCCUUUGCUUUCUCUCGGUAUAUAUAGAGAUCUUGGUCAGGAGCUGAGGUCCUGGAAAAAAUGCACCUCCCUCUUCCUUGUCCACAAUUGGUUAGUACCUAAGAUUUAGUCAUAUCAGAAGAACUGGACAGACACCUGGAGGAGAUUUUCAGAGAUGGCUAGAGGUGGAUUUCUCAAAAAAACUCAAGUCUUUUCCUUAAAAAUUUUCUGCUUUCAUUCAACUGGAGCACUGAAUGUUGACUGAAUGGGAUGGAUGGGUGGAAUUAUCAAGAGGAAAGUCUAGCUGUGGGAUAAACACUUUAAGAGCUAAAUAUAUGUGUAGUCUCUCGGUGAUCGAGAAUGACUAUUGUCUUUGUGCAGUUUCAUCUAUUGAUGUACCCUCAUGUGGCUUUGGAGUCCAAAGGCUGAAGUGCAGAGUUUGUGGCAUGUGGGGCAUGGGAUGCCAGUUGUUACGGGAGGGGUGGUUGUGGCCUGGUGUACUACAACUGCCAGUGGUCACCUCCACCUGUUGCAUCAUCACUCCCCCAUCGCCGCAGGUCUUGAAGAGGGUGGACGGGGUUAAGAUAGAUGAGUGUGCACAAAGAUACUUGUGCGUGAAAGAGAUUUAAGUGGAAAAGCUGAUGCACAGAGACAGUCCCACUCUCUCAGCGUUGGAAGCCUGGGCCCAUUGGCACGAAAAGUCAUUACAUCUGGAGACUUCCUCAGCUGCAUUGG